CUUAUACACACACAUGCACACAUACACACAUAAUUAUGUAAAUAUACACAUAACUCUUGUCACAAUGUGACAACGUAUUUGAAGAGAAAAAAAUACAUAUAUAUAUUUCUACUAUGACAGGUAUUUUUAAAAUUGUCUGUCUAUAAAUAGAUCUGUCUGUACUUUUUUAUGUCUGUUCACAUAUUUCUAGAUCAGUGUUGAAGGUAAGGUUGGUUAAAUAUAUUUCUAGAAUAAGAAUUGAAAUUGUUAGCAACAAUUAUUUAUUCAACUAUAUGUCCGUCUAUUAUUUUUGAUGACUUCAGCUUUUACAUUACAUAUGAGGCAUCAUCCAUCAAACCCAUUGAAUAAUAGAUCAAUUAAUUAAAUUUUAUUAUGAAUGAUGAAAUACAAUAGAAGAAUAUCUAAUGACAUAUAUUUCUUUUUUCUAAAUGAUCCUAGAGAUCAAUAAUCUUUGUAGAACAUUGAAGAUUUCAAUUCAAAGUAGAAUAGCAAAUAAUAUGGAAGGUUUAUUCAACCAUUUUAUUACUUAAAAUGUCUUAUCAUUAGAUUAAUAUUAUGAUAAACAUAUAUAAAAGGAAUAUAUCAAUGUUGUUUAUCAUAUUCAAUGACUUCAUAAUUCAAGCAUGUCGAAUACAUCAAACACCAUUUGAAGAAUUCUGAGUUGAAUUUUCAAUGUUUCCAAUUUAAAUUAUCACUUGACAACUCAUUUUAAAUUUGAAUGUCAUUAAUAAUGAAGUUAAUUAAAACAAAAUAAACACACGAUAUUGAAUUUAGGUAUAUUUUAGAUUUUUUUAAAAUAAAAAUGUGGUGUAUUCCAACAAAACAUGAACAUUGGUUUAAAUUAUUAUUCAUUUAUUCAUUUAUUUCAUGUAAUGGUUUAUUGAUAAUUGUGAAUUCUUUGGAUAUAUCUUACUGGAUAAUUGAAGAUACAAAAAUGACAAUCUCACAAUUGGAGAAUUCUAGUAUUAAAUCAACAUUAUCAAUGAAUAAAUCAAAUACCUCAGAAUGUAUCAGUGAAAAUGAUUCUGUAUUAAUUACUGGGAUAAUUUUUAUUUUAUCAUUAAUUGUUGCAAUAGCUACUGCUGGAGGAAAUUUUCUAGUAAUUUUAGCCGUGAUACUUGUGAAAAAACUUCAAACACCAAGUAAUAUUCUUAUUGGAAGUUUAGCAUUCAGUGAUUUCUUUGUGGCUCUAUUAGUUUUACCCUUUACAAUAAUUGAUGCAUAUCAAGGUUAUUGGCCGUUCAAUGAGGGUUUAUGCGAUAUGUAUAUAUCUUUCGAUGUAUUAUUGUGUACUGCAUCAAUACUAAAUCUUUGUGCUAUUUCCAUUGAUCGAUAUUUGGUUAUCACAAAACCACUGACAUAUGCAAGUAGACGAACACCACAACGUAUGGCUGCUAUGAUAGCUACUGCAUGGAUAGGUUCAGCAUUAAUAAGUAUACCACCAAAUUUUGGCUGGAAAGAUCCAUUUCAAAAAUGUGCCUGCGAGUAUAGUAAAAAUGUUGGUUAUCAGGUGUAUGCAACAUUUUUCGCAUUUUAUCUACCACUUAUCGUGAUGAUUAUUCUGUAUGGUAGGAUAUUUAAAUUGGCUAGAGAAAUGUCACGUAGUGGUCAGUCAAAAAUGACAGCAGGCAUAUCACGUAAGUCAACUGAAGUGCCAGAAACUGUAUCUAAUAAUUCACAUUCAGAACCGAUAUUAGAUAAAAGUAUACAGGAAUUACAAAUUACAAGUACAAAUAUAACUGAAUAUGUACAGUCAGAUGAUGAGCAUAUAGUAACUAAAGCAAUUAAUAAUGGUGUGAAAAAGGAGGGAGAUACAAAUGAUAUCUGUAAAGCAAGAGAAUAUGAUAAAAGAUUAAACUCUUACUCAUCAAGAAAACUAUUAACUGAUUCUAUGAAUGUGACCAAUGAAUUGUCCAGAGAAGCUCAUGGAAGAAGAUCUCGUGGGAAUUCCGAUACGAAAGUAAUUAAAACACUCGGAGUUAUAAUGGGAUGUUUUUGUCUUUGUUGGCUUCCAUUUUUUAUGAUACAGGUUGAGGUGCCCCAGUUAAGUCAAUUUUUGAAAUGAAAAUUCAUACAAUCGGGAAAGAAUAAAAUUAGACUAGGACAACAAAAAAUCCAUGUUUUAUAUCCAGUGUCAAUUUCACAAUUUACUUACUUCUAAAAAGCUUAGAUGAACAAUUCAACCAGCAUUAUGAAUGUAACUGUUUUAUAAACUUACUUAGCAAAGUUGCUGUGUAAUUGUAUUAUUUUUAGAUGAUUUUGACAGUUCGCAAUUGUGCUGUUACAUUGAAUUUCUGACGUAUCUGUUGAUGAAAGCAUGAACGACUAAGUAGAUAAUAUCUGUUUAUACGAUAUAAUGUUGUGCAGCAAAUUUAGUACUCAUCAAAACUUCAGUUUCCGAAGUCAUAUUUACUUGAAAGCUACUUUUGGCCCUUUUAAGUGCAGCUGGUUACAACACUGUGAACAUGAUUCCAGUUAGUGUAUUUCGAUUUUUACAAUGGUUAGGUUACGUGAACAGUUUUCUCAAUCCACUUAUAUAUGCCAAAUUCGAUCGUGAAUUUCGUGGUCCUUUUAAAAUGAUACUUCUGUGUCACUGUCGUAAUAUUAAUGCACGAUUACGUGCAGUUCACUAUUCUGCUCAAUACGGUCUACCAAGUUCAUCAAGUAAGCGUCAAAGCAUUGUUGUAUCUUCACCUUAUACACGUAAUGAUACAACUUCAAGAUGGUUAGGAAAGUCUGUAAAUCAAAGAUGUACAAGUGCCGUACCUAUACGGCCACGUCGAAGACCUCAAAAGAAUUUCAGAAACGCUAUUUCAGGUCAAAUGGAUGAAACAUGAUUCUAUUUUUCAUACUUUUUACAUAUCUCAAAAUCUGACAUCAUAUGGAAUAAAGCUCAUAAUACAUACGUAUAUAUAUAUAUAUAUAUAUAUAUAUAUAUAUAUAUAUAAGCAUACAUAUGUAGAUAGGUCGAUGAUUGAGAUCAUUUUUUGUAUAAAACUGUAUGCUUUUUUCUGUACUUGUAUAUUGUGAUCUACUUAAAAGGUUUCUCUCAAUAUGUUUGUCCUUUUUACAUGCAAGGCAGAAAGACAUUUUUUCAAAGCAACUCACUACAAUAUUUUAUCCAAAAUAAAAUAAAUACCACCAACCACACUGAACUAAUUUUAUUUAUUCUCGAAGAAUCAACUUCUUAUUUUUUUUCUAAGUAACAAGACAGUGUUUACAGAUUUUUUUCUUUUCUUUUGUAAAUUUCUUUCUUGUUUGAUUUAAUACAUAUUUCUUUUUGUUGCUUUUUUCUACUUCAAACUAGUCACAUGUAAUAAGCACUACUUUUGUAAUCAUUAUGAAAAAGGUGUAAUAAUGUACAUAACAGAUCAAAUAAAAUUAUAUAGCACUAA